GGUUGGUGCGCUCUAAAGCAGUAACCGAGAGGCAGGAGGCAUCCUGGGAUAUGGUCACACAGAUGAAAGGAGAUGUUCUAGCCUUGCUGGACUCUGAAAAUGACGGCGUGCGCACUCACGCUAUCAAGUUCACAGAAUCAUUAAUCAUCACUCUGUCGCCGCGGACGUCAGACUCUGAUGUUCCCAAGAGACAGGAAGGGGACAUCAGCCUGGAUAAAGUUCCCCGAGAUCACUCAUACAUUCGCUACUCUGCUCUGUGUGAGGAGGGGAAGGCUGCACUGGAGAAGCUGCUGAAGUUCAUGGUCCAUCCAGCCAUUUCCAGCAUCAACCUCACCACAACGCUGGGCUCCCUCGCUACAAUCGCCCGGCAGAGGCCCAUGUUCAUGUCGGAGGUGGUUCAGGCGUAUGAGACUUUACACGCAAACUUGCCACCAACUCUGGCCAAGUCUCAGGUUAGCAGUGUGCGAAAGAACCUGAAGCUGCACUUGGUGGCGGUCCUGAAGCACCCCUGCAGCCUGGAGUUCCAGGGUCAGAUCAGCACCCUGCUGCUGGACCUGGGAAUGGCCCAGAGUGAAAUAACACGCUCCACACCUGCACCCCGCGAACAGCGCAAACGGCCUCGCCAUGACGAAUACACAGAGGGGAAAAAGGUCAAGAUGGGUGAGUAGUGGCAGAUGAUGAGAGUCACAGACACGAGAGGAAUUACACAUUUAUGGACUGGUGGGCAAAGUAAUUAAAUAUAUACCAAGUUUUUUUAUGAAUCUGUUUCCAAUGCGCUUUCCUCAAAGCAAUAUAAUUGGAAGCAUAGACAACAUUUUUUUAAAGCUUUUCUUUCAUUGGAACUAGUACACAUGGGAAAAUAUUUAGCUUUACUGUAUGUUGGCCUAUUAUAGAGAGCGAACUAUGGAUUUGGUUAUCUAUUUAUUAUUUUAUACAAACCUAUCAAAGAAUGUAUUUUUAGACACAUGAAUGUUCUUUUACAAGAACAUUCAGUGUUUCCCCUAGGAUGGAGUCAUAGCAGCGGUGCUAAGGCACGCGAGCCCAGCAAAAUGUGAGUGCGGAGCGUGUGGAAUUAAUUUUUUCAUGCGAAGUGCGCCCCGCCAAUAUGUUUCUAUGUGUGCCAGCACAAGAAAGGCUCUUGAGGCUCUACUGGUGUGUUUUGCUAAAUCACCUUUAUUGAACAUACAGUAACACAAAU